AUAAUUCGCAUAUUGAGGAGUGUGAUGAGCAACAGAUGGGAGGGAUGGAAGCCCUUAAAUCUAAUCAGUGUUAUUAUGAUUAUCGAAGAAUAUCGGCAAUAUCAUCGUCUGUUGUACCGGAGAAUUAUAGAAACCUGCUGUACCAAUACCUCCGAUAAUGCACAAAAAUGGAUAAACUGGAGAGAACCUAAUCACACGAAACAGAGUGAAAAACAAAUAAUCUCUUCGAUUAUCUCUGGAAGUUCUGUGGAAUUGAGAGUCCAAGGUUAAUUGGGUUAAUUUAUAAUAUGUGGAAAACGGAAUUUUAUGAUGCUGAGGAAGAGGAAUCGGUGAGGAUGUAUUCAAAACUUCGGGAGGCAGCCCACGACACUGAAGGCGUUGAGACAGUGACAUCCAGAGAACAGGAGAAGGUCGAAGGAGAUGUCCUCAAACUGUAUAAUCUCAACAGAGAGCCAUUGUUGACGAAAAGUCGACACAUCGGAUUUUUAAAGAAAUCUUUGAUUAAUAUUUCAGCAGCUUAUGAAUGUUUAGACUGCAGCAGACCCUGGUUAUGCUACUGGGGCCUGCACGCCCUUCAAAUCCUCGGAGAGCGAUUGGAGGUCGAUGAGUACCAGAAAAUCGUUCAGUUUUUAUCGAAAUGCCAGGACCCAGAGGGAGGAUUCGGGGGUGGUCCAGGUCAAUAUCCCCACCUGGCGUCCACUUAUGCUGCUGUCUCAGCACUCUGUAUCAUUGAGACUAGGGAAGCGUAUGAGGCGAUCGAUCGAGAAUCGCUGUAUAAAUUCCUGAAAUCUGUGAAAUACGAGGACGGUAGCUUCAGCAUGCACAGGGACGGAGAGGUAGACAUAAGAGGAGUCUACUGUGCAAUUGCUGUUGCUAAAUUAACGAAUGUUUACACGCCAUCGCUCUUCAAAAAUACCGAGCAGUGGAUAGCCCGAUGUCAGACCUGGGAGGGUGGUUUCGGAGGGUGUCCAGGGAUGGAGGCUCACGGGGGAUAUACCUAUUGUGGAUUGGCUUCGCUUGUACUUCUUGGGAAGACUCACAUGUGUCAUUUACCUUCGUUAUUGCGAUGGCUAGUAAAUAAACAAAUGCAGUUGGAAGGUGGUUUCCAAGGAAGAACGAACAAACUAGUCGACGGUUGUUACUCCUUCUGGCAGGGUGCCUCUUUCCCCCUGAUCCACGCUAUUUUAUCUAACGAAGCUAAUCUACCAAAUACCAACUACUGGCUGUUUGAUCAGGCAGCCCUCCAAGAGUACUUACUCAUCUGCUGUCAGCACCCCUACGGCGGCCUCCUCGACAAGCCAGAGAAAAACCGGGACAUUUACCACACAUGUUACGGCCUGAGCGGUCUCUCCAUAGCCCAGAACUCGCCAACCCCUCUAAUAGUCGGCAGAAAGCACCAAAACUCUGUCGAAAUAAUUCACCCCCUGUACAACCUGGUGCUAGCCUCAGUGGCGAACGCCCUGAGUCACUUCAACAAACUCCCAUUACCGGAUUGAACCCUCCACAACAACAACUUAAACCCCAACGAUGGACCAAGGAGAUGUUCGAGCGAUACUCAAAAGUUUCAUAAGUUUUUUAUAACCUCACAAAGUCACUUGUUGUUAAUAACUGAUUGAAUUGACGCUAGAAUCUAACUGUCGAUAAAUGUUGAAUUAAUGUUGACUCCAGGUGGUCUCGAAAUAUAAUAAUUGAAACGUU